CAUCUACCGUAAGAGUGGAAGACUGAACGAGCUGAGGACAUAUCUGCUACAGAAAGUGAAAUCCCGCCCCCAGGAUUUGACACUCCACCUCCAGCUGCUGCAAACCCUGAUCAUGCUGGAGAAGUUCAAGGAGGCAGGGCAGCUGUGUGCGCAGGUGGAGGGUGCCAGGCUCUUUGAGCAGGAGAUCCCCUGGUGGAAAAAGUCAUAUCAACUCUAUCAGGCACUACUACCCAAGGCGGACGAGGGGGAACAGUGGUCCCCAGACCACAUCGUCACGUUUGGCCACUUGCUGGUCAGCAUCAACAAAUUGAUCCGCAUCACGCUGUCUGUCCACAACACCGCGGUCAAUCAGGCAUCCAGGCUCAUAAAAGUGAUGGACAAAGAGUUGUUCCGUGCAACCGACUAUAUUGAAUCCAGCCCAUCUUGCCCAGAGCAGUCUGGCGCCCAGACUGUGCUGCGGGAGAUGAAAGCACAGCUGUACAUGCACCUAGCUACCCUUCUCAUCAAAAUGGCAGCUAUGGGUUCUGCUCACUGGGCGGACGUCAUCGGGCUGGUCACGGCCUGUUACCUGGUCAGCGCCCAGGUUCCGCCAUGCUCGGAAGAAGCUCCGACCGCAGCGAGAGGUGACCGCAGCAGCAGCAUCAACAGCAGAAUCCACAGCCUGGCACAUUGUCGGCUGAGCGAAGUCUGUCAUCUUCUGACGAGCAUCGUCAAACAGCAGAAGAAUGACAGAUGGCUGAAGCUGUGCCAUGGAAAGUGGUGUUCGGAAGAGGGCCGUCAACAGCUCCUGUCUCAAGCCUUUGGCCAAGGGGAGCCAGACCCAGCCUCUUCCUUCCUCCUGAUGGACGACAGCUUGGUCAACGCCCGUUUCACUGAACUUCCCAGCCUCAUUAAGACUGUUUUCGUGUAUGACCUCGAGUCGGUCAAGGCAGAGCCAGACAGCCUGCAGCGGCUGGUGUGGUUGGGCCUGCAGUGGGACGUCCGCGGGGACGGCAUCUUACCGGACCUGGGCCAGUUCCUCCAGCCGGUCUUCUCCCGCCUCCUCUUCAGCACCCAGCGCCUGGAGAACACCGCGGUGGAUAACAUCCGGCUGCUGGAUGUGGAGGCAUUCUUGUAUGGCUGCGUGCAUGGGGCCAAGGCACAGCAGGAGCAGCUCCAGGCCAGAGUCCAGCCCCUGCCCAAGCCCCUCCCCCUGGGGCUGUGUCGCGGGAUGUGCAGCCCCCAGCAGCUGGAGUGGUACAGCGCCCUCUACAGCAUGUACACUGCCAAGGCAAGCCCCGGCGAAAGAGCCAAGUUGCGUCUGACCAUCCAGAAAGGCAUGGAGGUGUUGCGGUGUCGCAUGAACCACGGCAUGGAGACACCCCUGCUGAUACGCCUUGGACGGACAUUCAUGGAGCGGAUGCGAGAAGUCCAGCAGUUGAGCGAAGAAAACCACAAUAGGGAUCAGUGGGUUGGCUUCCAACAGAUGGGUGUCAUGUACUGGCAGGCGGCAGUGGAGCAUCUUGAGCUGCUUGCCAGGAAUCGGGCUGUUCCAUUUCAACAGAAGCCAUUCUUUCCCUAUGGAAGCAGGCCCAUCCCAACGGACAAGAUUCGCCAGUACCAGGAUGAAGGCACUGUAGCCAUCGCCGAGCGCAAGUUCCAACAGGGCCAGUUCCAGCAAGCCGUGGCCAUGCUAGACAAGACCAAGUCGGCCACGGGGUCCUACCUGAAAGCACAGAUGUAUCUGACCAAAGCGCAGUCUGAGGCUGAAGGUCAAGGGUUAGAGCUCAGCUCCAGCCCCCUGAGCAGGCAAGGUGACCUCCUGGACAAGGCCAAGCACGCACUGUUUUCUACCAUGGAUGCCAUCCAGGACCAGCCUGAGAAUCCCUUGCAUGAGCAAAUCCAGACGUCUUUGGAAGAGAUCGAUCGGAAGCAGGCCACUCUGAGCCAUGAAGUGGCUGCUCUGGAAGAGGAGGAAGCAGCCGCUGCAGCUUGGGACACGCCCCUGAGAUCACUCGACAAUAGCAGGAACAUCAGUGGUCUCAGCGAUGUCACUCCGCUUGAGUCCACUGGAAAAGACCCCAGCCCUCGUCGUCUGGCAGCCGAGCUGCGCUCCAUGAACCUGUCCCACUCCAGACUGAUGGAGGAGAAUGCCCAGCUCCGCAGCCUGGCCGCCACCCACAGUCGCAUCCUGGAGCAGAACCAGAUGCUGAUUGACAAGCAGAACACGCUGAUGGAGUCCAACAAUGCCCUCAUGAAGCAAGUGCUGGAGCUGAACGUGAAAUUUCAGGAGCUGAGUGCCGCCCAGGCCAAGAGAGAUGCCGCCCCACCCCCUCCACCCCCUCAGCCUCAGCCCAUCCCGGACAUCACCUCCAACCGCCCCAUCAUCAUCUCAGCCCAAGAGUGCAAGAUUGACAACCCCAGCCUGUCCACCACCCAGCUGUCUGGGGCCACUUACCCGGUAGCCAGCCCUGUGCACGGCCUGUACCACCACCCAGCGUACGGCUACUACGCCGCCGCUGCCCCACAAAGCUACGGCUUAGCAGCAGCUGCUGCGGCGGCAGCCUACGAAAACCCCGGACUGCACCCGAGUCUCAUCACAUCUACCCCGGCAAUGCACGGCGCUGCCCACGCACCCAACUUGCAGCAGUACAUGCCGUAUGAAGAUGCUACGUCACCCACUGAAGUCGAAACUGAAAUCAUGAUGCCCAGUGAUGUAGUAGCUGUAGGCACUUCAGCAGCUGACUUGCAGCCCAGCACUUUCACAAGGGGUGUUGCUGACCAGGAGAGUUCAGAGCCAAAUGAUGACAUGCAAGUCACUUCCUCUGGCCCCACCAGUGCUCCUGACACUAUUCCCUCAAAGCAGGCCAGCAACAAAGACGUGGCAAGCAAGUCCCCUCUGCUGGUAUCCAUGCUGAUGAAGCAAGAUGAGACUUCAGCUGCAGUUUCAUCAACCAAGAUUGGUUCCAUCACAGCUGGCACCCCUCCCCAGUCAUUCCUAUCCUCAUCCAGCAAGCCCUCAGUUGUGGCCCCUGAUAAUUCCACAGUCAAGUCUGAAGAUCUUGGCACCGCAUCAGCCAAGUUAGGACUUUUUCAUGACAGCCAGGUAUCACAACCAGGAGCAGUCUUUGGCUUAAACCAGAGACAGGCUUCCUCUGAACAUGAUCCCACUUCUGCCACUACUUCUGCCUCCGCAGCAUUGGCCAACUUCUCAUUCAAGUCCAGCCAGCCCUCACCUGCUAACUUUACCCAACCCAAACCAUCACCGGUGACUCCAGCAGUUGCACCAGAUAAAACGACCAGCCAGUCCCCUUUUGCUGGGUUCAGUUUUGGCCAGCUUUCCACUGGCUCAGGCACAGUGUCAUCAGGUUUCACUUUUAGCAAUGCAACCACAAGCCAAGCAUCAACCUUCGAGAGUGUCACUAAACCUGGGAGUCAAUACAAAGAAAAUGAUUUUGGUGAAGAUGAUGUGAUCUUUGUGUCUGAAAAGAUACCCACUGCUGAUCAGCGGGCAAGGGCUGAAGCGCUCUUCCUCCCACCCACCUUCUUUCUCUACGAGGAUGAACCACCCUGCCCUGGGUGUCCUGGAUGUGACCCUGAGGAUCUUGCUGCAAGAGGAAAGAGUCCAGCCAAGUCAUUCCAGCCUGAAGCAGCUGAGAGUUCACAGUCACAAGCACCAGUCUUUGGCAGUACUGCAUCAGCCCAGAUGACAUUUGGUGAUAUGUCUAAGAUGGCACUCAGUGGGAAGACCAAGGAAACACCAAUCACAACUGGAAUGCCAGAAAGUAGCUUGCCCUCAUCCUCUGUAUUUGGUGCAGCUGGCGGAUCAUCAAGUUUGAGUUUUGCCAGCAUCAGGGCAGGCAAGCAAGGAACCUUUGCUGGAGUGGCAGGAAAAGGCUUUACCUUUGCCCAAGCUGGGGCUCCCGUCUUCGGUGCAGCCACCAAGGAGGAAGACGGGGAACAGGAAAGCCACGAGCACGACCCCCACUAUGAGCCAAUCAUGUCAUUGCCUGAGCUCUCACAAGUCAAAACGGGAGAGGAGGAGGAAGAGGUGAUGUACAAACAGAGAGCCCGUCUCUAUCGCUACGCCAAAGAACUGGGCGUGUGGAAGGAGCGAGGGAUUGGCGACGUGAAGCUGCUGCGCCACAAACAUAGCGGUGUCCUGCGUCUGAUCAUGCGACGUGAGCAGGUAUUGAAGUUGUGUGCCAACCACCGGAUCACCACUGACAUGAAGCUAGACCCCCUGCAUUCCUCGGACCGAUCCUGGGUGUGGCAUGCCGUUGAUUACUCCGAGGAUGAACCUUGCCACGAGCAGCUUGCCAUCAAGUUCAAGACCCCGGAGCAGGCCCACGAGUUCAAGCGCAGGCUGGAGGAACUCCAGGCGGUCAGAAAAGAAGAGGAAGAGAGAGAGAUGGAGCAGAAGACCGAGGCAAGUGGGCCCCAGGAGGAAGUGGGUGAGACCAAACCAGAAGGGGAGGAAAUCAAGAAAGAAGAUUCUGCAGGAGCAAGUGAUGAACCAGAUCAAGAGGCAACAACUGAAGAUAAUUUUGCCAAGUUUCAGCCCAAGGAAGGUGACUGGAAGUGCGAGAUUUGCUGGCUGAACAAUGGGAAAGAUGAUAUGGCCUGUGUGGCCUGCAUGACACCCAAACCUGGGGCUGUGUCCUCCACAACAGCCCCAGCAAGUGGCACGGUCAAUCUCCUAGGAGCAAGCAGCUCGGGAGGCAAUCUCAAAUUUACCUUUGGUUCUGCUUCUGGCAGUAGUUUUGCAUUUGGAAGCUCGCAGUCCUCAGAUGGUACUGCCAAACCAUCUGGUUUCAAAUUUGGCGGACCUGUUGCGUUUCCGAGUGCAACCUCCCUCUCAACACCUAGCUCUUCACUUUCCACUGAAACUGUGAAGUUUGGAGCCACACAAUCCGACACCGCAUUGACAACUGCUGAAGAAAGCACUCAGGCUACAAUAGCUCCUACCACCAAGUUUACGUUUGGAAGUGGCUUUCAAAAGUUUGAUUUUGGUGGAGCAGGAGAUAAAGCCACCCAACCAAUGACAGCAGUGAAAAGUCCCAGUGCAGGCUUUACGUUUGGUGCCAGUGGGCUGACCCCACCGAAGACUGAUGGAGCUGGAGCUCCUGCUACAGAAGCUGCAGCUUCCUCAGAAGUUCAGGGGACCCCAGUCAAGCCGUCAACGGGGUUUGUCUUUGGAGCCAAGUCAAUCACACCUCCUACCACCAAACCAAGUGAGGCAAAACCCAAGGGCUAUUCAUUUGCAGACAUGGUCAAGUCUGAGGGUGCGACCUUCUCCUUCCGCCUGGAUGUCAGCAAGUCGCUCCAGAUGAGUUCUGAAAAAUCGCCGGUCAAGCCCAAGUCUCCUGGCCUAAUCAAAUCUCCGGGACUCAACAAGAGUGGGGACAGUGAGUAUUACAAGGAUGAUGAGGGUGAUCACAUUCAUUUUGAACCUGUGGUGAAACUGCCAGAGGGCUUUGAGGUUAAAACUGGCGAGGAGGAUGAGACAAUUAAAUUCAGCCACCGAGCAAAGCUCUACCGCUUUGACAAAGCAUCCUCUCAGUGGAAAGAGCGCGGACUUGGGGACAUAAAGCUCUUGUAUAACCCGGCCAACCAAAAAUACCGCAUUAUCAUGCGCCGGGAGCAAGUCUUAAAGUUGUGCGCCAAUCACUAUGUCACACCUGAACUCAGUCUGCAGUCAAAUGCUGGAUCAACAAAAUCCUGGGUUUGGAUGGCAAUGGAUGCCUCAGAUGAGGAGGCCCAAAUGGAACAGCUUGCCGUGAGGUUCAAAACAGAAGAGGUAGCUCUGCAGUUCAAGAAUGCUGUAGAUGCCGCCAAAAAAGACAUUAUGGCAGAAAAGGGAGGACAGACGGAUGGAAAGAAAGAUGAGAAAGAGGAGGGUGGUGAUGAAGGAACAGACAAGCAAGACAGAGAAGAAGUUCAAGAUGACAGCAGAGGGAGAGGGGAUAUUGGUGAACAGGAAUGUGAAGGUGACAGGAGAGAGGAUACUGAUGAAAAGGAAGGCGACGAUGAUCACGAUGAUGAUGACGAUGACAACUAUACUGAUGUGGACGACGACGACGAUGAUGAUGACUAUGAAGAUGUUGAUGAGACUGAAGAGGAAAAGGGUGAAGACCAAGGGGAACACGAUGAAGAGGAAGAGAGACAAGAGGCAGAGGAAGAAGGAGAUGCAAACCACCCGAUUGUGAAAUCCUGUGAUCCCAACAUCUCCAAGGCUUUCUCAGAGCUGUUACGAACCUCCAUCACGAGCCAUGCCAAGGAGCUGAAGUUGGGAGUGGAGACCCCCACAACUUCAACAUCUUCCACGAGCAAAGAUGAGGAUGCAGUCGAGAGCAGCAAGGAUGACAGCAUCUCAGAGGAACGUGACGAUAUCCACUUUGAGCCAGUCGCCCAGCUCCCCGAGCAGGUAGAUGUAAUAACUGGAGAGGAAGAUGAAAAUGAACUCUUCUGCUCACGGGCAAAGCUUUAUCGCUUUGACAAGGCCGCAGCUCAAUGGAAGGAUCGUGGUAUUGGGGAUAUCAAGAUCCUGGGGAACACUACGAUGAAGCGUUAUCGUGUCAUUAUGAGGAGGGACCAGGUCUUGAAACUCUGUGCCAACCACUACAUCACCGCGGAAAUGACCUUGGAGCCCAAUGCAGGGUCUGAGAAUUCCCUGGUUUGGCAGGCCAUGGACGCAUCGGAGGGCGAUCCCCAAAUGGAGGAGCUGGCCGUGCGGUUCAAGCUAGCCGGGACCACCCAGCGCUUCAAGACAGUCUUUGAAGAGUGUCAGGCAGAAUUGAGGAAACAGAGGCAACAAGAUGAUGGGGUGUCAUCUACUUCAGUAGAGUCACAGGGAGCCUCAGUCAAGGAACAGAAAGAUGAAAGUCGAGAUGAUGAGAAGGCAUCGUCGUCCCCCACAUCUGAAACGGAGAAACCAUCAUCAGAAUCGUCCUCCACCAGUGAGAGUAGCAAGACCGAAAGUGAAAACUGAUGUGGAUCAAACAAGGGGAAAAAAAGGAAAUUCAACACAGCUUACUGCACAGAUAUGGAUAGCCAGUCAGUUCUAAUCCAGGCUUCAUCUAAUAUUUUUGCAACCUUCUGUCAUGGAAUGACACCUGCAUUUUCAAACUGAGGGGUUAAUGUUUCCGCAUUCAACAAAGCAAGACAUUUUGGACUUCCAUUGGUGUAUUUUUUUUUACGUGAGAAAGGAAUAAGGUCCCAAAAGUUGAAGAGAAAAGUGUUUUCGAUUAUUGCAUUAUGUAACUAAAUGUAAGAUUUCUAAUCUGGUUAAAAAAUGAAAAAAAGAAAAUGCCACCGAAAACGCUUUAUUUCCCAUUCAACGUAAAUGCAACAGUUCCCUCUCUCAUUUUGAGAUAGAAGGCACAGGUAAAGACUCAAAAGUAAUUCCUAACCCAGAAUGAGGAGAGUUAGAACAAGGAAUCUUGUGAAAAGUUUUGUCCCUAAAGAGAGGCCCAGAAAUAAUCACUAGUAAUUUUAAUAAGGGCAUUCGACAAGAAAAGACCAGAAAAUCACUGAUAUUCAAUUAAGUCCAGAAUAUAAAUUAAGGAAAAUUAGCCUGAGGUACCAGUAAACAAGGUGCUUUGGUGAUGUGAUACAUGUGAAGACAUGUUCAAAGCAAGAAACUAGCUAGAUAGUGUUACAUAUUAAUUCAUGUAAUUCUGCAGUUGCAGCAAGACGUCACUGGCAUAUUUUUCCUUGUGUUACUUCCACUUGGCCAUAAUGUCAAAAGAAAGUGUCCGAUUUAACCCUGAAAGAGCCGGGGGGUGGAGGGCAGAAUCCACCCUCUCAACAUUUUUCCCGAUAUCGGCACAGUGCAUUUGUUUCAAGAGUUGAGCCUUAAGGAGAUUUUAGAGUAACUCUUUGCGGUCAUUUUGACACAUAUUUUGUGAAAAUCGGACAUACUAUUCUUGCGCAGUGCACGUGUUUUUGAGACAGGUCAGCAGCAGCAGUGCUCAAUGCAUGCAGGCUGGCAUGUAUGUAGCGGUGAACUUCAAAGGAUUGUAACAGCAAAACUACACAAUAGUUGUUAUGACAAGGAGUGUCUUUACAGGCAUGUGAAGUUUCAAAAAAAUCGAGGAAGGCACAGCCAAGUUCUUGCCCCCCCCCCGGCUGUGAGAUGGGCCAAAAUAAUCCGUCUCUUUUAGGGUUAAGUCUCCAAUCAGUUCAAUUCUAUGAAAUGACUAAAAUCUUUUCCUCUCUUUUCCACCGCAAAGUUACUUUAUACAUCUUUGUUUUCAUUAUGUAACUUCCAUCUUCUGUGGAAUAAUAAAUUCCAUCACGUUUUGGGUGGAAAGAA